GCCGAUGGCAUGUGACAUGCUCGUCCGAAUCUUCGACCAUCCAUUUUCUGAUUUGCAUGUCUGCUUGACAAGAUUCGAGUCCAAUGUCAAGCAAGCAAUGGAUCAGAUCGAGUUCUCAUCUUUCGCCCGCCAACGUUCGCGGCCCUCGUACGCCUCCGACGAACAAUCAUGGCUUACCUGUGUCCCCUGCCUUGCAAUCAUCUGAGAAACUUCCUGCCCGCGAACUCCAACCACUCGACUCAUUCACGUCCUUUCGUAAGACAGUAGCUGCAAAUUCUCAUGCGAACGCUCUUGCCACUCCGGUUCGCCAAUGCAACUUCACAGCUGCCAGACUGCCCUCGCACUACCUACUGCCAUUCACCACCGUCUUCCGUCGAGAGAAGGACGACAGACUCGUCCCGUAUCUUGCCCCUGUCGAAGAGCCUCGACAGGCCUCUCGCUCUUACAUUCUAAAUUCUCGCCAACUACUUGAUCGUCUCGGUCAGAAGAAGACGUGGCAGCGCCUACUAGGUCAUGAUCUCAAAUUUGGUCUGAAGAAUAGAAAUGACUACAGAUGGCCUGCUGACGCAGAUCAUAUUAUUCUCUCUCAGCUACGCAGUUCUCUUAUACGCAAACUCUCCUGGGUUCUCAACAAACCGAACCUGGUUGUUUCGAUGUACUCCGACAAAGACUAUCCCUCAUCCGCGUCCAUUCUGCACCUACGCACGGACAGCAAGGCACGCAGCCGCUCGAAUGCAGGUGUAACGGAGUACCAACUCUCGGUCCUAUUGGGUGAAGAGGCCUUGACGAACCUGCUGAAGAGUACUCGGUAUGUAGAGAGCGAUGCGUUGGUCCUCGCACAAUCCUACAUGACAAUGUCCGCACAUGCUGCUCUGGCCAGAUUGUCCAUGUUCAUGUCUCCUUCGGGCACUCUUUUGAACAGUCCGAAGACAUGAGAAUUGAAUAGUGUCUGUACAAAACUUCAACCAAUAUAUCGACCGUGUCCAAAACGCCUACAAAAUCGUCUACUUGAUCAUGACAGGGGCGACCUUCUUCGCCUUCUCGGCCGCGAACUCGGCAAUCUUCUGGAGCUUCUCUGCUCUCAUCUUGCGUACAUAUCUGAAAAGCAGAA